AACAAUCGCAUUCAGCGUUUAUUUUAGUAGCGAUAAUAUUUUUAUACCAACACCAACAUGUUGAGUUUACCAUCAUUCUGCAUUGGUUUAUUGGUGUUUGUUGUGCCGCUAUUAGCGGGCUAUAGAAUUCUGGUAGUAUUUCCUUGCAUUACCCAUAGUCACUAUUCUUUAGGUUUGAGAUUACUAAAUGAGCUAGCAGACAGAGGCCACGAUGUAACUUUUAUAAGCAGUUUUCCCCAGAAGAAUAGACAUAAGAAUAUCACACAUGUUUCAGUGGAGGAAAUAAGAGAACCAUCAAAAGUUUUUUUAUCGAAUUUAUUCGGUUUAAAUGAACUAUCAUUCCACAAACAAUUAGACUUCAUAUCGGAAUAUGGAAAAUUCGCGACGCUGCAAACUUUGCAAAGCAGGAACGUGCAGGACUUGAUGAAAUCUAACGUGACCUUCGAUUUAGUACUUUUAGAGCAAUUUCUAAACGAAGCUAUGGCAAUUUUCGCGUAUAGGUUCAAGUGUCCGGAAAUUUUACUUAUUCCAGGACCAACAUCUUUCUUUAACAACCAUUUAAUUGGGAAUUUUGCACCCAUCUCGAUCGUGCCUAACUACUUUAGUAAUUACGAUAAUUAUCCUAUGAAUUUUUGGGAUAGGUUGUAUAAUGUUUAUUUGGAGUUAGUGAGCCAGUAUGUUGUGAAUUUUUCGACUAUACCAGGACAAAAUAAAGCGUUGAAGCAAGCAUUUCCAGAUGCUCCAGAUUUAGAAACUAUCCUAUACAAUACUAGUUUGUCGCUAGUCUUGUCAGAUUUGGCUUUAGAUGACCCGAUGCCGCUGCAACAAAAUAUUAAACCAAUCGCUGGGUAUCACUUACCAUCCCACAAGCCUUUACCAGCAGACAUUCAAGCGAUAAUGGAUAAUUCCAAGGACGGGGUGGUAAUAUUUUCUUUGGGUUCGAACCUGAAUAGUUCCCAGUUAAAUCCACAAUUAAGGAAAAUUUUCUUAAAUGUCUUCUCGAAGAUCAAACAAACCGUUUUGUGGAAAUUCGAAACGGAUCUUCCAGAAAAACCGGAAAAUGUUAAAAUAGCGAAUUGGCUGCCACAAUUCGACGCAUUAGCUCAUCCAAAUACUGCAGCCUUCAUUUCUCACGGGGGUUUACUGGGUACUCUGGAAGCAAUUCACAGUGGAGUUCCAGUAUUGGGUUUACCGGUCUACUGGGACCAACAAAGGAACGUCAGAUUAUUAGCGAGAAGAGGCAUGGCAAUUGAGUUAGAUCGAUAUAAUUUGAACGAAAGGAAUUUCGAAAACGCCUUGAAAGAAAUAUUGAAUAAUCCAAGAUAUAGUUUAAAUGCUAAAAAAUCAUCCAGAAUAUUACAAGACAGGCCGGUAAAAGCGAUAGACGAGGCUGUAUUUUGGAUAGAGUACGUGAUUCGCCAUCAAGGAGCUCCUCAUUUAAGGUCGCCAUUUUUGGAUUUCAAAUGGUACCAGAUUUACCUCCUAGACAUCGUGAUGUUCGUAGGAGUUAUUGCUAUUUUAUUAUUAGUUAGUUUGGCAUUGCUGCUGAAGUAUUUGGUACUUCCAAUGAAAGUUUCGAAUAAAAUUAAAACUAAAUAGAUUAGGUAGUAUUCGAUGUCGAAGUCAUUAUAAAUGGCUCCUUUGUUAUGUUAAUUUUUUUAGUCAUUUUUUGUAUAAUAGAUACAGAAUAGUUGCUAAAAAAAGAUAGAAGAUGAAAUAAUAAAAGAAAUUAACGAACGAUAGUCUAGAAAUGUAGUUCAUAUUACAUAAUAGAUUUCCUUGAAAUCGUGUUUGAAACAUAUUGUAAUUUUGAGAAUUU